UCUGUGUACGUAUUAAUGUACAGUAACCUUGAUUCCAUCUUUAUGUUACCAUUCUAUCAGAUUGAAAUUCUUCAUCACAAUGAGAAUCUCAGUAAACGUCCGUCUGCAUCACGUGAUCUCGCUCAGUUCAUCUGUAAGAUGAAUCACCUGAAGAACCUCAAACUCUGCGGUCAGUAUCAUGGUGACUUCUACUCAACAGCAUUGUCGAUGGCAUCAACUAUAAAGGAUGACUGCAACACAAGCUCAACUCUGACUGAUCUGACCGUUACUAAUUAUACACUUAAAAAAUGGCAGGAUUGUGGAUCGAUGUUUGACAAUGUGAAGAGGAUCACCAUACAGGUAUGGGACACGAUCAGAUGUGACGUCAUCCACAGGAUCCAUCUUCCAGCAGCGACAGAGCUCACUAUUCAAACUUAUGAGCAUGCUUGGGAACCGGCUUCUCUCCACGAUGAUCCCACUUUACUACCCAAUGCACUUCACAAAGUCUCAUCUCAGCUUGUCAAGGUCACAUUCACAGAUCUCAACAUCGGCAACGAUCAGACCGAACGAAUGAUUCAAGCUUUCAGAUCAUCGGACGAUCUCAAACAUCUGAGGACCCUAAGAUUCAUACGAUGUGGGACUGAUGAGAGAUUAGAUCGUUCUAGUAUUGAUUCCGGUGAUGAACAUAAGGUAAAGGUGGAGAUAGAACGUGGCAAACCAGUUGGUAAGAACUUUAGAAGAUGAAGUUGCGGCAUCAAGGUCAUGACGAAUCAGACGAGCUUAAUAUUUAAGGAUGGCAGCCAACAAGAAGCCAUGAGUUAUUUUAUUUCCGAGUACCAUAAUUGGAACAGAUUUACUGAUAAUGAAGAUCCCACACCUCAACCAUUUGUUAAUGUGUCGGUUAAAUCAUGGACCUAUUAGACAAUCAACGCUAUCAUUUCUUUGAUCGAACGAGAUCCGCCACCCAAUGAUAAUGUGCAUCUUAAUGAGAACAUACAGGUAUUUUGACAAUGGCGACUACCAUGGCGUAUAUCUCAUUAUUGUCAAAGCACAACUUUACUGGUUUUAGUUAUGUUGGCUGAUGCCCUGUGUUAGAGAAUGCUUUUCAGUCAACAUGCUUUAGAU